GCAUCCUGUGGGCGUCUGGGAGCCGGAGGGAACGGAUCAUCCUAGUCGAGCCGGCUGCGAUUCUGCCCAAGUUGCGAUUUACUAAUCUUGUGGCCGAAGUUGGCUCCGUGACCGUGGGGUAGCCGGACACGUCUGCUGCAGUCAUACUGAAGGCAGUUGUGACCUGAGGUCGCCUACCCACCCGGAGCACUCUCUUAGCCAGCCCGCCUUUGUGCGCUGCCCGGAUUCCCGGCUCCCUGUGAGGCUGCCCGUGCCGGUACAAAUCAGUCCCACCCUCCCCGCUGCGCGCACGUUCGCUCUCCGGUUUCCCAACUCGGCGCCUCUGCCCACCGCAGGAUGAUCGCUUCGCAUCUGCUCGCCUACUUCUUCACAGAGCUCAAUCAUGAUCAAGUGCAAAAAGUCGACCAGUACCUCUACCACAUGCGGCUUUCUGAUGAGACCCUUCAGGAGAUCUCGGAACGGUUCCGAAAGGAGAUGGAGAAAGGGCUUGGGGCCACCACCCACCCCACCGCUUCGGUGAAAAUGCUGCCCACCUUUGUGAGGUCGACGCCCGAUGGGACAGAACAUGGAGAGUUCCUGGCCCUGGACCUCGGAGGGACCAACUUUCGGGUGCUCAGGGUGCGGGUGAUGGACAAUGGCCUCCGGAGGGUCGAGAUGGAGAACCAGAUCUACGCCAUCCCUGAGGACAUCAUGCGGGGCAGUGGCACCCAGCUGUUCGACCACAUUGCCGAGUGCCUGGCCAACUUCAUGGGCCAGCUCCAGAUCAAAGACAAGAAGCUCCCGCUGGGUUUUACCUUCUCCUUCCCCUGUCACCAGACGAAACUAGACGAGAGUUUCCUGGUCACCUGGACUAAGGGGUUCAAGUCCAGUGGUGUGGAAGGCCAAGACGUGGUGCGUCUGAUCCGGAAGGCCAUCCAGAGGAGAGGGGACUUCGAUAUCGACAUUGUGGCGGUGGUGAAUGACACAGUCGGGACCAUGAUGACCUGUGGUUAUGAUGACCAGAACUGCGAGAUCGGUCUCAUCGUGGGCACGGGCAGCAACGCCUGCUACAUGGAGGAGAUGCGCCACAUUGACACGGUGGAGGGCGACGAGGGCCGCAUGUGCAUCAACAUGGAGUGGGGGGCCUUUGGAGACGACGGCACGCUCAACGACAUUCGCACUGAGUUUGACCAGGAGGUCGACAUGGGCUCUCUGAACCCUGGGAAGCAGCUAUUUGAGAAGAUGAUCAGCGGAAUGUACAUGGGGGAGCUGGUGAGGCUGAUCCUGGUGAAGAUGACCAAGGAGGAGCUGCUCUUUGGGGGCAAGCUCAGCUCAGAGCUCCUCACCACAGGCCUCUUCGAGACCAAGGAUGUCUCAGAUAUUGAAGGGGAGAAGGACGGUGUCCGGAAGGCCCACGAGAUCCUUGUGCGGCUCGGGCUGCAGCCAACCCAUGAGGACUGUGUGGCCACUCACCGGAUCUGCCAGGUUGUGUCCACACGCUCGGCCAACCUGUGCGCGGCCACCCUGGCAGCCGUGCUGCGGCGCCUCAAGGAGAACAAGGGGGGAGAAGAGAGGCUUCGCUCCACCAUUGGCGUCGACGGCUCGGUCUACAAGAAGCACCCCCAUUUUGCCAAGCGUCUUCACAAGACAGUGAGACGCCUGGUGCCCGACUGCGAUGUCCGCUUUCUCCGCUCGGAGGAUGGCAGUGGCAAGGGGGCGGCCAUGGUGACUGCAGUAGCCUACCGGUUGGCCGAUCAACACCGAGCCCGACAGAAGACCCUGGAGUCUCUGAAGUUGAGCCAGGAGCAGCUGCUGGAGGUCAAGAGGAGGAUGAAAGUGGAAAUGGAGCAAGGCCUGAGAAAGGAGACUCACGCCAGUGCCCCCGUGAAGAUGCUGCCCACCUAUGUGUGUGCCACCCCCGAUGGCACAGAGAAAGGUGACUUCCUGGCUUUGGACUUGGGGGGUACAAAUUUCCGUGUCCUGUUGGUCCGUGUGCGGAACGGGAAGCGGCGCGGGGUGGAGAUGCACAACAAGAUCUACUCCAUCCCGCAGGAGGUCAUGCACGGCACAGGGGAUGAGCUCUUCGACCACAUCGUCCAGUGUAUCGCUGACUUCCUGGAGUACAUGGGCAUGAAGGGCGUGUCCCUGCCUCUGGGCUUCACAUUUUCCUUCCCCUGCCAGCAGAACAGACUGGAUGAGAGCAUCCUCCUCAAAUGGACUAAAGGCUUCAAGGCAUCUGGCUGCGAAGGCGAGGAUGUGGUCAACCUGCUGAAAGAAGCAAUUCACCGGCGAGAGGAGUUUGACCUGGAUGUGGUUGCGGUGGUGAAUGACACAGUUGGAACGAUGAUGACCUGUGGCUAUGAGGAUCCUCACUGUGAAGUCGGCCUCAUUGUUGGCACGGGCAGCAAUGCCUGCUACAUGGAGGAGAUGCGCAACGUGGAACUGGUGGAAGGAGAGGAAGGGCGGAUGUGUGUCAACAUGGAGUGGGGUGCCUUUGGGGACAAUGGAUGCCUAGACGACUUCCGCACCGAAUUUGAUGUGGCUGUGGACGAGCUUUCUCUCAACGCUGGCAAGCAGAGGUUCGAGAAAAUGAUCAGUGGCAUGUACCUGGGUGAGAUUGUGCGCAACAUCCUCAUCGAUUUCACCAAGCGUGGACUGCUGUUCCGUGGACGCAUCUCAGAGCGACUCAAGACAAGGGGGAUCUUUGAAACCAAGUUCCUAUCUCAGAUUGAGAGUGAUUGCCUCGCCCUGCUGCAGGUCCGGGCCAUCCUGCAGCACCUGGGGCUGGAGAGCACCUGUGACGACAGCAUCAUCGUCAAGGAGGUGUGCGCUGUGGUGGCGCGGAGGGCGGCCCAACUCUGUGGGGCAGGCAUGGCGGCCGUGGUGGACAAAAUACGGGAGAACCGUGGUCUGGACACACUCAAAGUGACCGUGGGCGUGGAUGGGACCCUCUACAAGCUACACCCUCACUUUGCGAAAAUAAUGCACGAGACGGUGCAGGACCUGGCGCCGCGGUGCGACGUGUCCUUCCUGGAGUCUGAGGAUGGCAGUGGGAAGGGGGCGGCGCUCAUCACCGCCGUGGCCUGUCGCAUCCGCGAAGCGGGACAGCGAUAGAGCCCCUGCAGCCGGAAGUGGCUCCCGCGGCUUCCCCACCUCCCCUCUUGUCAUUUUAAAUUAUAAGGUGCCACCCCCGUGUGCCAGACACACUUGACCUUUCCUGGGCCGAGAGGACGCCGUCAGACUGGGUUUUGCCUCCUGCACAAAAGCCCGGACCCUCCUGAGAGAAAUACCAUGGGGCUUUUGUUCACACCCAUCACAACCAUUCCCACUGGUUCUCUGAAAACGCCUGUAAAAUUCUAGCCUUCGGACCCAAUCCUCUGUACCUAGAAAAUCCUGCGGGAUGCCGGAGACUGAUGCAAAGACAAGCCUGCUUCACCUUGGAGCCUGAACUGGACAUUUCCUGGGGGGGGUGACCUGCCCAAAGAGGGUCCCAUGCCCUUUCUCCCACCAGAGGCUGGAGGUAGAGGGGUGGGGGUCCCCAUGGAGCCAGAUUUUCUACAGACAGAGCCUGGUACAGGGGCCACCUGUGGAGGGGUGUCUGGAUAUCCACCUGGAAGCCCCUUUUCAACUCCAUCCCCAAGCAUUUGCCCUUGUGCAUUCCUGGAAUGAAGGGGUAGAGCCCUGGUCUGGGAAAGCUGAACCAAAGCCAAGAGUUGGGGCUACUCUCUGAGAGGCAGGCUUCUAUGAGCAGUGGACCUCUGGGGGAGAGGGGACUUUCUGGUUGCUGUGUGUGUGUUUCUUUCUUAAAAUUCUUAGAAAACUGGACAACACUGUUUUGUUUUAAUUUAUGUUUGAAAUGUAUUUAGCCUUUGAAGUAGAUCUGCACCUUCAUCUGAACACUGUCUGUAAUGGUCGGUUGUAUGCAAUGUAUUUAUAUGUUAAUUGCUGUGUAUGUAGACGUGCAAGGGUCUUCCGUAUCAAACUCAUCUGUAAAUCAGUGUGGCUCGAGGAGGGAAGAUGAACAUACUGGUUCCUAGAAAUACCUCAUCUGUCUGCAGGGAAGAGACGGGGACUCUCUUCAGGAUUCCUGACGAGCAAAGAGGCCGGUUCCUAGCCCCCUCAUGCCCCGUGGACUGGGAUUUGGAAGGCAGGGACGGAGCGGUGGAGAAUGACCCUUUGCAGAAGAACCACAGCACUUCCGGCUCUGGCUCAAGCCUAUAGCAUGCAAUAUCAACCAAAGGAAAUGGAAGGCAUUUCUGGCAGACCCAGUUCUUAGACUGUGUUUAGUCUUAGGGUGAUCAGUAGUCUUUUCAAACUCUUGUCAAGUCUUGACAAGAUAAUGUAACCACCGACAUAUUCUUUUUAAUUGUGUCUAAUUACUCAAUAGCAAACCAAUUCAACCACCACCACCCCAAAACCUCAGGGCCAGCAUGUUUGUGCCUUUCCAGCACAUUUCCCUUGGGGGUUAGUUUUGCAAAUGUUUGACAAGGAGUGUUAACUGGGUACCUGCUCCCUCGGCUGCACUGACAUCGAUCAGUCUGCUGCUCCAUUUGAGUGUUUUUAUGUGCAGUAUUGGUGUCAAAAGGAGCCCCGAGGUGCAGUGGGCAAAGUGCUGGGCCUCACACUGUGAGGUUGGUGGUUCAAAACCCACCAGCCACACCACAGGAGAAAGAUGAGGCUGUCUGCUCCAGCAAAGAUUGACAGCCUGGGAAAGCCUACGGAGCCGUUCUACUCUGCCUCACAGGGUCUUGUGCGUCAGAAUGCCCCCUGGGGUUUCAUUUGGGUUAUUGAUGUCAAACUACUGGGUGAGAUGGCAGAGCCACAAACAUCUCCAUAACCCUACUUUUCAAGAGCCCAGUUAAUUCUGAAUUUGAAAACCCACUCUGUCCACCCCCCCACUCCCCCACCCCCCUUUACAUUGAGCAGAACCCCACACAAUGAAAGAGCGUGGGCUCUAUGGCACUAUUCAAUGGAAUUCAAGGUCAAAGCUUCACAUGACUCGCCGUGCUCAGUCUUUGUACGUGUAUCAAACUUGUCCUGAGCAAAGGACCUAAUGAUAGCAUUGUUCAAACGGGGACCUGUGAUAUGUGGGGAGUACAGCACUAGACUCACGUAGCUCUUCCUGGGCUGUCCGAAGGGAAGGGGGCAGGCUGCUCAUUUGUUCCGGUCUCCUGUGCUGUCCCUCGGCCAUCUCCCUCCUACACGAACUGACUCGGAAUGUGGCUGCCUCUUACAACACAGAAGCCAAAGGGCCCCUUGAGAUGUGUGUAGACAUGGAUUUUGUUUUAACUUUUAAACUUGAAUGCUAGGCACCGAUGAGAUACACAUUUCUAAAAGCUAGAGAGAUGUGUGUGUGUGUGUGUGUAUAUGUGUUUGUGUGUGUUUCUUAAAGAUGUGUGCUGAAAAUGCAAUUUUAAUGCUUGUGGUCCUAGAAGUAGGUGACAGCCCUUUGCUGCUGCUGCUUUGCCUUGCGUGAAUAUGGUAAAUCUCAAUCUUUGAUCAGGAUGAGUUGACUAACAGGUCAUCCCCGAUCCUUCCGAUCCUUGUGCAUCCAGUCUAGUGGAGAUGUUGCAUUCAAUGUACAAAAUAAGUAACUAGUUGAAUUAACUCUGUGAAGUUAACUAUUAAGAAUAAAUUUGAACAUUUAAAAAAAUAUACAAAGAUU